AUGACUCAGACACAGAGCUCAUCUAGGUCUGUGCUGUGCUUGCUCCUGCACCUCCAGAUGCAACAUCUCAAGAGCUGUGCAAGAUCAUUACUACUAGGCCCUCAAGAUCUUGCAGAGACUAUUGCUCGACUUGUAUGCAAGGAGCAUUGGCUUACAGGAGUCUUGAUGGAGGAUGGUGUGAGGGCCAAGCUCUUCAAGUUCAUUCCUGAAGAAGAACAUGAAUUGGUCUUGAAAGUAUCACUCUUUGGCAAGUUGUCAUUGGCACCUACAGGUAUGAUUGCUGCUGCUGUUGUGGCAAUAUUCCUACUCUCUGGUAAUGCAGAACUCACUGAAAUUGGUGACACUAUGAAGAUUCCGUACUGCGAAUACCACAACUUCUACCAUCAGCAUUUACUGACUGGAGGUGCCUGGGCACACCAGGUCAUCACAUUCUUCAAUGAUGCUCUUUUCUCAGGAACUUCAUCUUAUGUUCCCCCUUCUACUGCUCUCAAUGAUGAUGGACUGGGUCACACAUGGGAAGAAGACUUCGACUGUGCAAUAGAAGAUGAACUAGAAGAACUGGUUGUUGAUGACAGCACACCACCAAUCCUGCCAUGGCAUGCUAAUGACAAUACUAAUAGUGGUAGUGUCCAAGUCAAUGAGCUACUACUUGUGUCUCACCAUACUUCAGCUCCCUCAAUUCCGGCUCCCUCAAUUUUGGCUCCCCCUCAAGCUGUUGCAGCUCCCCCUGUUGCAGCUCCUCCUGUCAUCAAUAUGGCUUGA